AUGCCUCUCUCAAGCUCCUCCCUCUUCGAGGAUCCCACCUACGACAUGUUCAAAUUCCCCUCCCGCCGAAGUGUUGUCCACAGCACCGAGGGCAUCGUCGCCUGCUCACAGCCUUUGGCAGCGAAAUGCGGUCUCGAGGUGCUGCGCGCGGGUGGAAACGCCGCUGAUGCUGCCGUUGCGGUUGCCGCCGGCCUCAACAUGACGGAGCCCUGCUCAACAGGCAUCGGCGGCGACAUGUUCAUCCUCUACUGGGACGCCGCCAAGCAGCAGGUCUUCGCCAUGAACGGCUCCGGCCGCUCGGGCGCCCACUGCACCCUCGACCAGAUCCGGUCCGACCUCGGCAUCAAGGAGGGCGUCGUCGGGCAGAUCCCCAUGGCCAGCGUCCACGCCGUGACGGUCCCCGGGGCGCCGGCCGGGUGGGUGGACACGGUGGAGAGGUUUGGCAGCGGCAAGCUGAGCCUGAGCGAGGUUCUGAAGCCGGCGAUUCAGCUGGGAGAAAAAGGGUUUCCUGUGUCUGAAGUGACUGGCUACUACUGGUCAAGCGCAGAGCAUCUCAUCCGAAAGGCCUCGCCCAACUACGCAGAGAUGCUCAAAGUCGACCCCGGCCAGCCCGACGGCGUCAGAGCCCCCCGUCCCGGCGAAAUCAUGAAGAACCCGACCCUCGCCAGGACCUUCCGCACCCUCGCCGAGCAAGGCAAACCCGGCUUCUACACGGGCCGGAUCGCCGAGGAGCUUGUCAAAGUCGUCCAAGACCUCGGCGGCCACUUGACCCUCGAGGACCUGCAGCACCACCUCGAACAGGGCAGCGAACCCGUCGAGCCAAUCUCGCUCAAGUUCCGCGGCCAGGGGCUCGCCAAGGAGAACCCCGACGAGGGCAUCGAGCUGUGGGAGCACCCGCCCAACGGCCAGGGUAUCAUCGCGCUCAUGGCGCUGGGCAUCAUCCAGGAGCUCGAGAAGCAGGGCGAGAUCCCGACGUUCAAGCCCGAGGACUUCAACACCACGCCGUACUUGCACGCCAUCAUCGAGGCCCUCCGCCUGUCCUUUGCCGAUGGCAGCUGGUACAUCGCCGACCCCACCGUCACGCCCGUCCCCAUCGAGGGCCUGCUGUCGGAAAAGUACCUCUUCCAGCGCGCCUCCCUCUUCAACCCAUCCCGCGCCCUCGACCUCGUCGAGCACGGCGAGCCAAACUACCCCUCGCCCGCCCUCCAGAGCAGCGACACCGUCUACUUCACCGUCUCCGACUCCCACGGCAACGCGGCCUCCUUCAUCAACUCCAACUACGGCGGCUUCGGCACCUGCAUCAUCCCCCGCGGCUGCGGCUUCACCCUGCAGAACAGGGGCGCCAACUUCUCCCUCGACGCAAACCACCCCAACAAGCUGGAGCCUCGCAAGCGGCCCUACCACACAAUCAUCCCCGCCAUGGCCACCAACCUCAAGGACGGUUCGCUGCACUCCUCGUUCGGCGUCAUGGGCGGCUUCAUGCAACCUCAGGGCCACGUGCAGGUCCUCCUCGGCCAGAUCGUCGGCAAGCUCAACCCCCAGCAGGCCCUCGACGCGCCUCGGAUAUGCGUCGGCGCGGGCUUCCCCGAGCACGGCAAGCCCGUGGACUGGACGGUCAGCGUGGAAGAGUCGAUGGAUCCCGAGGUGAUUGAGGGCCUGAGGAAGCUGGGCCACAAGGUGGUGGUUGUCGGCGGAGGGCCGAAGCGAGGCCUCUUUGGACGAGGGCAGAUUAUCCGGUACACACUUGAUCCGGUGGAAAAGACGCCCAUCUGGUCGGCGGGCAGUGACAUGAGAGCGGAUGGAGCAGCAUACCCGUUGUAG